UUGAACGAAAUUCACAAUUUCCGCCAUGAAACUCCCAUUUCUGAUCUGCGAGGUUUAUCAUCGGCCGCUGUACAAGCUCUGCUCCAAACUUCAUUCCUCUUAGGUCGAAGUGAAAUCUCAAAAGAUAUGGAGGCUGACCAAGAUCACCCUCUUAAACUUGGGGGGUCCUCUGUUGAAGGUGAUGAUCUAAAGUACAUCUCUGGGCUUAGCACUAUUCUGGUUGCAACGAUCCAGGAAACAAAAGACAGGAUAUCCCAAAUAGAAUAUAUCUUCUGCAGCCAGCUCUUUCCCAGUUUUCAAACCAAGUCUAAAAGCUUGCAAAAAGUAUAUUCUGAGGCUAGGAAAUAUGCAGAAGAUGCAUGGAAAGAGAAAGAAACCAAUCUCCUGUUCCAAAUAGAAAAACUUAAACGGGAAAAUCAGCAUGUCAUUGAAGAGAAUCAGUCUUUGAGACUUAAGAAAGACAAGCCAUUUAAGGAGCAAGAAGAAAGGAUGGAUUUACUGCGAACCAAACUACUGGAUGAACAACUCAAAGUUGAGGAGCUGUCACAGCAACUGAAACAGAAAUCAAGAGAAAUAGACGAGGCAAUUGAAUUACAGCAGAAAUUACUUGAAAUGGUACGGUCAAAAACUUCUCUGAUAAUGAGUAAGGAACAAAAGUUGAAAGAGCAUGAAGACGAAUCAAACGCACUGCGCUCCAAAUUGACUAGCCUAGAGAUAAAGUUUCAUGAGCUCCAAAAGAAGCUUAAUGAGAAAACAGAUGAAGUAUCUAAGGUUAAAAAGUUGGAAGAGAACUUGUUCAAAAAAAUUGAAUCACAAGCUUCAGAAAUCAUGAAUAUUGAGCAGAUGAAUAGUGAUCAGCAAAAAGAGAAACAAAUACUUAUGAACAAGUUAGAAAAAUUGCAGGAGAAUGUCGAUGGCCUACAGAAGGAACUUUUGAAGAAAACUGAAGAAAUUGAAGAAGGAAGGAAACUGCAAACCAAGUUGAAUGGUUCUCUGGAGAAAAUCAAUGACCUUAAGUCGAUUCCGAGGGUAAAGAAUGAGGAAAUGGAAGGAAAUGAAUUAUAUGAAAGUUUACGCCAACAGAUUGAGUUAAAAUCCUGCGAGUUACUGGCUGAAAAGAAGGCAAAGAAAGGCGUUGUUGAUGCAUACAAAAGGCUGAAAUCACAAUAUAACUUCCUUUGCAAAAAAUCUGGCCUUACUAGCGAUAAUAUGCUGCUAAAAAACAGAAGAGAAAGUGAAACUGAUUCAAUGGCUGAUCAUAAUCAAGGCCUUGCUUCUUCACCAGUAGAUCCUGAUGCGGAAACUGAAGAACCUUUUAUGGGUGUCUCUGAUACAUGCCACUUGAAGAAAGCGAUAAGCGUGCACAAUAAUAUAGAGGGAAAAAAGGGAGUGGAGUCAAAUCAGGCCUCAAACCCCCGUUGCCCUCCUAAAUCUCCCAGUUUUCCAAGUGGCUCAAAACGUAGCCCCAAUGUAAAAUCUGCACCAGUAGCUUCCAAAAGACCAGCAUCUUAUUGGAGAGAUACCAGAACUCAUCAUCAAGCACAGGCAGGACCUGACCCACAUGAUGAUUUUCUUGAUACUCCAUUAGAGAACAUCAGAGAGAACUUAAACAAGCCUGUAAAGGACAGAGUUAAUGAUCUUCCUCUUCCUGAGGUGGCUGUCAAAGACAUCAACAUGGAUGGGUCAGACGACGAGACACAGGAUAUGAAUGCUGGUAAUCCACCAGAAAAUCAGCAGAUGCCAGCAGUUUCAGUGAGUGGCAAUAGAGGCGGCUUUAAGUUUGUGGAGCCAGUAAGAAAGAAAACUGACAGGCAAAAUUUAAAAGGAAUGGAAUGCAAGCAAUGCAAGAAGUUUUAUGAUGCGGUUCUUCCAGAUGAUGGCAAUGAAGAAACUAAUGGUGAUGAUAAGCGGGGUUUACGAUGUGAACAUCAUGAUGGGGUCUCGAGGCAUCGGUAUAGGUACGCUCCUCCCAUGACUCCUGAAGGAUUUUGGAACAUUGGAUUUGAAUCUGAAAUGUAAUUGUAGUGUAGGAUACUGAAAUUGCCCAGUAUACUCAUUGUUUGAUACUUAAUAAUUGUCGAGUAUACUUAUUUGAUAAUAAUUAAGAAGAUUUGUAAUGGCCAAACUCACCACCUCUAGUAAAU